AUGGAUACCAUCGACAAGCGAGACUUUGAUGCCCAUCGACCCCCAGCUCACGAUAUCGAUGGUACCCCUGUCCGAUCGGGAUCGGGUGCGUUGAGGCGGUCAGCGGGGGGAGACGACGAGGACGACGAGGAGACCGGCCUCUUGACUGAUGUGGUGGAGAAUAUCGUCGAGCGGGAUAGACGCAAGAUGCAGCGCGAGGUGGUUCGCGUGUCGAGUUUUGCCUGGGGGGUUAUCAGCUGCCUUGGAGCCGGAAGCAUCACCACAUUCUCGCUUUACGGCCCCCUCUUCCUCUCCCGACUCCAUUAUAGCCAAUUCCGCGUGAACUGGGUGGCCAUCGCGGCAGAGAUAGCCCUGUACCUCCCCGUGCCGAUCUUCGGGUACCUGUGUGAUCGGUAUAGUCCGUCGCCGCUGUCUCUGCUGUCCGCGAUCCUGUUUGGAGCAGGGUACCUCCUUGCUGCGUUUACGUAUAGCAUGGGUCCGCCCGUGGAUGCCGGCGGCCAAGGGUGGCCCUUCUGGGUGAUGCUGGUGGCGUUUGUGGCGAUCGGGGCGGGCACCUGCGCCAUGUACAUUGCGGCGGUGACGACGUGCGCGAAGAACUUCGGCCGGGGCACGAACAAGGGGAUCAUGCUGGCGGUCCCCAUUGCGGCGUUUGGGCUGAGUGGUAUGUGGCAGAGCCAGGUGGGCACGUAUGUGCUGUGCGAGCGGAGUGUGGACGGCGCCCGCGGCGAGGUCGACGUUUUCCGAUACUUUGUCUUCCUGGCCGUCUUGCUCUUCACGAUUGGUGUCAUUGGUACGUUCGGCCUGCGCAUUGUUGUCGAUGAGGACAAGUAUAUCGAUGAGACCGUCGACGAGCUCGAGCGCAGCGGCCUGCUCGAGGAGAGCGAGUUCUUCCGGCCUGCUCGUGGCGAGGCCGCUGACGCAUACGGGACUUUCGCCCAGGCCCAAGAGGAAGAUGAAGACGACCAUCUGUCCGUGACCCUCUCCGAAGCGGGCUGUUGUCACCGAGGGAGAGAAAAGACUGAGCGCCGCCGCAAGGACUGGCUGCUCAACUAUGAGACGCGCCUGUUUCUCAAGGACCACACCAUGUGGUGGCUCGCGCUGGGCUUUUUCCUCGUCACCGGGCCGGGCGAAGCCUACAUAAAUAACUUGGGCACUGUGAUCCAAUCGUUGACGCCUCGAGGCUCUCUAUCAACCACCCCCCCAGCCGGUCUACCAUCGACGCACGUCACGACCAUCGCGCUCACCUCGACAAUUGCACGCCUCGUAACGGGCUCGCUAUCAGACAUCUUCGCCCCGCCAGCCACGCACCAUUUCCCUAUAUACCCUGACGAUCCUGCGAUGGCUACUACCACUCCCACUACCUCUACCACUACCACUACUCGACCGACAUUCUCCCGCCUCCUCUUUCUCAUCCCCUCGGCCAUCCUGCUUUCCCUGGGAUUCUUGCUCCUCGCGUCCCCAAUCCCACUGCACCACCCGGGAACGUUCCAUGUGACGACCGCCCUCGUCGGGCUCGGGUAUGGUAGCGCCUUCUCGCUCGUGCCCAUCGUCAUCUCCGUCGUGUGGGGGGUCGAGAACUUCGGCACAAACUGGGGCAUCGUCGCCAUGGCCCCCGCCGCGGGCGCCGCCGUCUGGGGACUCGUCUACUCGCGUGGCUUCCAGGACGCGGCGUCCAAUGCUCCGGAUGGGUUGUGUCGUGGAUGGUCCUGUUAUGGCGUCUGGGCGGUCGGGUGUACGUUUAGCGUGUGGCUGGCUGUUGUGAUGUGGUUGUUUGCUUGGGCGGGAUGGCGGAGGAGAGGGGUUGUCGUAUGA